UCCAGCCAAGCACCGCUGCACAGCCGACCUCGCGUGCGUCCACCGUUUCUUCCUCCUUUCCCGGGAGAAAAAAACCCCACCUUUUUUUUCCUCUUGCCGUUUUUGGGCGCGAAAGCCUCGCCCUGAUCUUGCUCGCGCGCCGUCCGAAACCGUGCGCUCUUUGGAAAGGCGGGUCCUUUUCCGGCUGCCGGGCCGCGCGCUAAUCUUUGCCCGCGGUUCUUGGAAGGCGCCACCUUUGGCCCGCCAUGAACGCGCUCGCCGCCACCAGCCGUAACUUCCGGCAGGCCGCCAGGCUGCUUGGCCUCGACUCCAAGCUCGAGAAGAGCCUCCUGAUCCCGUUCCGCGAGAUCAAGGUAGAAUGCACCAUCCCCAAAGACGACGGAACCUUGGCGUCCUUCAUUGGGUUCCGCGUGCAGCACGACAAUGCCCGCGGGCCAAUGAAAGGUGGCAUUCGUUAUCACCCUGAGGUUGAUCUAGAUGAAGUAAAUGCACUUGCUCAAUUAAUGACAUGGAAGACUGCUGUUGCCGCAGUUCCAUAUGGUGGAGCAAAGGGAGGCAUUGGAUGCUCUCCUGGUGAAUUAAGUAGAAGUGAGCUGGAGCGUUUGACGCGUGUAUUUACACAGAAAAUUCAUGAUCUUAUUGGAACUCAUACUGAUGUGCCAGCCCCGGACAUGGGAACUAAUUCUCAGACCAUGGCUUGGAUUUUGGAUGAGUACUCAAAAUUCCAUGGUCAUUCACCAGCAGUUGUCACAGGGAAGCCAAUAGAUCUUGGUGGAUCAUUAGGUAGGGAUGCUGCUACAGGAAGAGGUGUGAUGUAUGCUACUGAGGCUCUCUUGGCUGAACAUGGAAAGUCCAUUUCUGGAUCAACCUUUGUUAUCCAGGGUUUUGGUAACGUUGGUUCAUGGGCUGCACAACUCAUCCAUGAGAAGGGUGGCAAGGUGAUUGCACUUGGAGAUGUAACAGGCUCAAUCAGAAACAAGAAUGGGUUAGACAUACCUGCUCUGAUGAAGCAUAGAAAUGACGGUGGUUCUUUGAAAGAUUUUCAUGAUGCGGAAGUCAUGGAUUCUUCAGAGCUGCUAGUGCAUGAAUGUGAUGUUCUCAUCCCAUGUGCCUUAGGUGGAGUGCUCAACAGGGAAAAUGCACCUGACGUGAAGGCCAAAUUUAUAAUUGAAGCUGCUAAUCAUCCAACGGAUCCAGAAGCUGACGAGAUUCUUGCCAAGAAGGGAGUGACUGUAUUGCCCGAUAUCUAUGCUAACUCCGGUGGUGUGAUUGUUAGCUAUUUUGAGUGGGUUCAGAACAUCCAAGGGUUCAUGUGGGAUGAAGAGAAAGUGAACAUGGAGCUCCACAAGUACAUGAACAGUUCUUUCCAGCACAUCAAGGCCAUGUGCAAAUCUCAAGAUUGCAAUCUGAGGAUGGGGGCGUUUUCACUGGGAGUUAAUCGGGUUGCACGUGCCACCCUUUUGAGGGGCUGGGAGGCAUGAAGCGUUGAUUUCCCCAAACAAUUCAUUCUGUCCGAAAAAGUUGGGUUACAAAUGCUUGAUCAGAUAAAUAAAUCAGAAGUGGCCGGUUGGAGGGAGUUCUGUUGAAAUAAUCCAUACAAAAAUGUGGUGUUUCUUCUUUCGUUUUCACUAAUCCAUUGUCCUGGUGAUUGAAUCCUGCGCGAUUAUAUUAUUCGACAAAACGAUGUAAAGUCUGAAAGUCAAGAGGCAAUUUGAAUUUCGGAAAGGCUGUUGCA